AAUGUGACUUGCAUCCACUGCGCUUCCGUUCCUCGAACCAAUGUAGAGCUUUUACCAAACUAGCACCCCUAUUAUGUAGUCGAAAAAAAGCUCAACGGGUUGACAACGAUAAAGUUGUGAAGGAAAUCUGGAAGCAUGGUACUAGUCCCAAAGUAGACUAAUCGCCUGCCCGACUAAGCCUAGUUCGGCCGUCUGCCGUGAGGUUGGAAAGGACAGGUCUUCGGGAUCGAUCGAAAGUCUGCAGUGGACACAUCGCAAGCACCUCAUCCCCGACAACGGGCUUGUUUUUUUUUUUUUUCCUUUCUGACACCUCUCUUUAUAGUUUCUGUCCUUAAUACAUUUCCCUUCACCCCGCCCGGAUACACCAUGCGCAUACUUCUCAUCUCGUUUGUCCUCUGAGUCUUUGGCUGUUGGAGAUACAUUUUGAUUUUUGAUUUUUUUUCCCCUCUGCAGCACCGAGCUGGUCCCCCUUCACUACCCUUAACCCCGGUUGAAGAACUGCGGGACCCCAUUCGCCUUAGUUUCACUUUACUACUGAGUCGCGAAAAUGUCUUCGACGGAAUAUAACUACGAUGAGCAGGGCCAAUUCUUCCCCUUCUUCAUCCUCACCUUGGCUUCACUCGUCACCCUUCCGCUCACAUACACUCUCCUCAAGCCCAGCAAUGACCUGGAAAAUACUGCUCCUCGGAUAAAGUCCGACUUCCGUCCUCAGCAUGGCGACAUUAUUCAGAAGCAAAAGCAGAAGCUUUUGCGGAAGGAGCGCCGGCUGAAGCGCAUAUUUACCGUGAUAGGGGGAUAUGCUGUAAUGGCGUGGAUGGUCUAUUUGAUUAUCGUCACUGCCAGGAGUACCCCAAAGAUAUGGGACCCUUAUGAAAUUCUGGGCAUUUCGAGAAGCGCUAGCGAAAAAGCUAUUUCCAGGCACUUUAAACGACUUUCCCGCCAGUUUCAUCCAGACAAAAUUAGACCGGAUCCUGCCAAAAACCAAACUAUCGAAAGCUUGAACAAUCAUUUCGUUGAGUUGACUAAGGCCUACAAGGCCCUGACUGACGAGGAAAUCCGCAACAAUUAUAUCCAAUACGGACACCCAGAUGGCAAGCAAAGCUUUAGCAUUGGUAUCGCCCUGCCUAAAUUUAUCGUUACGGAAGGAAAUGGUAAAUACGUCCUUUUGGUAUAUGGCCUGUUACUCGGCGUGCUCCUGCCCUACAUUGUUGGUAAAUGGUGGUAUGGCACGCAGCGAUAUACGAAAGAAAAAGUCCUGGUUGCAAGCGCUGGCAAUAUUUUCCGAGAAUACAAGGAUGACCUAGUUGGCGGAGGAAUAAUCAACGCUCUUAGUUCCGGCGAAGAGUAUAAGCAGAUGCUAAGGGACGAAAAGGCGGAAUCUGGACUUGCUAAAGUUGAAAAGAAAAUUCUUUCUGAUGAAGAUUCAGCGGCGCCUGGGACAACUCUAUCGGCCAAAGAUCGAAAGGUGUUAGCCGAUCUGGAAAGUGCCAGCAGAAGGAAAGCCCUGGCAUUGCUUUGGGCAUACUUGGGUAGAGUUGAGCUUGAUGAUCCCGUUCUGAAUGAAGAGAAAUUCGGCGUCGCCCCUACUGCUUUUACCCUCAACGACUCAUUUUCAUCUAUUGCCCUUGCGUUCGGUAGCCUGCAACCAAUCCUUGGAUCAUUUCACAUGGCACAACAUCUCAUCCAAGCCAUUCGGCCCGGUGGAUCACCUCUUCUGCAAUUGCCUUAUUUUACCCCCCAGAUCGUUCGGUCAAUCGAAGGCGAGCAUUCGAGGAGCCGCAUGUCUAUUUCGCAAUACAUGGCACUUUCUGAGCAGCGCCGACGAAAGCUGUCAGUUGGUAAAGGCUUGCUAUCAGAGCAACAAUACGCAAGCGCCGUGUCUGUUGCUCAGCAAAUACCCGUCCUGGACGUUGCGAAAUCAUUUUUCAAAGUUGUCGGCGAAAGAGUGGUGACCCCUAGCAGUCUUGUUCAGCUCAUCGUUAAGGCACGGUUUAUUCCACCAGGCUCCACGAAUAUCCCAGAGGUCAACGAGCGUGACCUUGAGGACAUUGACCCGGACGAGGAUGACGUAGGCGCCAACAAGUCCUCGGCGAUAAAUGAAAAUGGGAAAGAAGACUCAGAAAACCACAUCCAACCGCCGCUUGCCCAUGCUCCGUACUUUGCUCGCGAUCACUCUCCAAGAUGGUACAUUUUCCUCGCGGAUUCUAUGCAAGGCAGAAUGGCUGUCCCUCCGUUCACAUUUACCACAUUUGACAAACCCAUUUUCGACAAGGAUGGAAAGCCCACCUUCAAUGUACAGACCUUGAAAAUGCAAUUCCAAGCUCCCCCCCAAGUUGGCAAAUUCCUCUUUUCUCUCUACGUUGUCUGUGACAGCUAUAUCGGCUUCGACACUGUUAGUGAAAUCACCCUUGAGGUUGAGGAUCUUGCCAAGGCUGCCGCCCUAGAGGAGGAAGACGAUAUUUCUGAGCCUGACGAAGACUCCAUUGCCGGCCAAAUGCAAGCUCUGAAGACGGGCACUGCCCCUCCGAAGAGGAAGAUAGCCAAGAAGCAAGCGGGCGACUCGAGUGAAGAUGAUGAAAGCAACACUGACGGCGAUGCUGAUGAUACGAGCGAAACAGAUACGGAAACAGACACGGACGGGGAAUAAAAGGAUUUUUAAUUCAAACUGUGUGGAUUUUACCUUUUUUCGUCCUACUUUUUACUAUUUAUUCACCAUUAUCAUUGUCAAAAUCGAAGUCAAGCAUACUUGCUAUCCUAGAGUUUUUUAUAUUUUCUUCUAUUUUCACUCUUCACUUUAUUCUUCGUCUCUCGGCUUUCUUUAUUUCAACUUGAGAUGCGCAUGUUGUUUUUCCCGUUCACUUGCCAUACAGAAGUGGAUAAACAGGGGGUGGGCCAAGCAUUGGCGCUAAUUUAACUGAGCAACUCAACGUGAUACCCAACUGCGAGCUCUUGCCUGGAUUGCGAUUGAGCUUUGUUACGGUAACAGCACCAUAUGAUAUGUUACGUGUUAACUACUCCAUAACCACAUGAGAUUCCCUCGAAUUUUAUCUUCUGAAGCACACGUUUUGCAUCGCGCAGCCCAAGCUAAACGGCUGGGCCCCGAUAUAUCUCUCCUGUGGCUAUAAAGUUUGCCAGCAAUGAAUGAAAAGAAAAGGCUUCAAAACUUCAAAGGUUGUUUAGGCGUUCGUUUAAUGCGUCGUCCCGAUGCCAGCCGCCAUAUUUUUCUAACACUAUCUUCCUGAUCGUCACUAUCACCGAACAUCCCCAGAUGGCACACCUAUUCAUACCCACCUACCUCCCUGCGUCUGUAAGAUCUGCGUGAGCCCUGAAUGGUUAACCGCCUACAUCGUACAGAUGUAUGGACAACUUGCUCGACCUAACUAUCCACCAGGUAAACUAAAUAUUGCCGGCUAAUUACAUGUAUGCACAUUUAUGUGGCAAACGCCCUCGUAGCGUGGGAAACACGUUCCCGUUUCUAGGAUAGUUCCUUGCAACCAGUGAUAUGUGGACUAAAGUGGCAAACAUGUUCCCAUUCACAUAUGAAGACUUCUAUUGAUUAUCUAGCUAUGAGGUGAGAGGCGGGGACCAGCUGUAUCUCGUAUUCAAGGAAGAGAAGCAUGGCAUUGAGGGUGCGUGCAGGGGUCUGAGAAAUUUAGCACAAUCUCGUGCAUGUCACAUUAUGUCUAGUAACACAUCACAUUUCUCUAUUUCAAACUUGGGAUAGCGGAAAUCGUCCAAAGGGGACUGAGAUGGAGAAGAACUGCAUUAGAAGCACAAGAAAUCAUGGACGCAGAAACCAAAAAGGAAGGCAAGUAGGUGCUUGGGAAACAUGUAUUUUGAUUACGGCUAGUGGCGGAUGCGACUAUCUAACUUGUUCUAGAAAGGAUGCACAGAGAGUAUCAAAACAAGAUGUGAGAAACGAACAGAGUAGCUGACCUAUACUUGUCAUGAACUUCUAUCCUAUUCCUUAUCUCCCUUAUCUCCAUUUUCUUCAGCUUCUGGGAUUUUGUAAGUUAAUUUCGACAUGCGAAUAUGUAUGUACUGUAUUUCUAAGUGUAGGGACUUCCCAAUAAGGAGGAAAAAAGCUCCGUCAAUGAAGAGGGCAGUUAAUAUUACUAAUUAAGAGGUAAAGGAGUUAUUAAAACGGUCAAUAUAUAUGUAUAGAUAGAGAGCGGGAGAGAGAGGGAGAGCGACAUGGGGGCAGUGAACAGGUGGUAUUAGGGGUUAAGAUGUUUGCUAACAAUUCCAAGGACCGGGCUGAUGAAGGAAAAGCAGUGAUUCGAGGAGAAAAUGGUGGUCAGAUCCUUUCCCAAUUUGAACGUCCUUUGGGCUAUGGACUACCUAGCUUCUUUAGCUAAAUGCGCAAGGACAUGGGCAUGUUUCGGUCCAUCCAGCGCAGGUUUGGUUUGGCCCUCUGAGUCGUCCGUUAAGACAGGGACUUUCGCGGCCAUAUCUUGCCUGCCAGCACAACCGUCAAGCCACUUCGCCUCGCUUUGACCUCAACAGGACUAGGGCCUUAAUCUUGCCACCCGGCAGAUACUGGAUUGGGCAUGAAGGGCUGAGGGCUGACAGAGAUUGCACUUGUGGGGCUGGACGGAGAGACUGACGUGUCUUUGGCCAUAAACUGUCUUGCGGGAUUGUGAUUGUCCUUACCAAGUUUGGCAAGGGCAAGAAACAUCAGGCGGCUCAGGCUAACGUGGGCUCGAUGGGCGGGUUCGUUUGUCACUGACAACGCUUGUAACCACCUGAGGACACAUGUCGACUCUUUGAUCAAAUUUUCGGUUUCGUUGGGCAAAUGGGACACAUCCAUUGACAAUUCCAUUACCAGAACCGUACCAGCUUGAACUAUGUAAUGCAGUACACACCACCACGGAGUGGCGAGGUACAGUUUGGCUGGUUGGAUGUCUUGAGGAAGGAGGUCGAUUAUAUUCCGGGCUGCAGACAAACAACUGAUAGCGGCAUCUUCGUCCAUUCUUUUCGAAGUUGCGGACUGGGACGGGAUUGCGUCACGUAAUUGUUGAGCCUCACAAAAACAUGGGCGGUUGAUGAGAAUGCACGCUCCAUAGAAGCGGAGGUUCAGAUACAUGCGUUGAUCCAGGGGUGGAAGUCCUUUAGAAGCUGGCGAAAGGUCCAGAAUUCUGUGGGGAAGAUCGUCCCUCCAUUGGGCGAGCUUCUUGUCUAAAUCUAAAACUAAGUUCUGCACGCCAGCCCAAGUUCGGUUUACUGUGCUAGGGCUAUACAGCUCUUCCAAAGCCUCGGCGAUAAUUAAAUCAAGGCGAAGACACCGGACGAAGAUGGUCCAUGGCGGAAUAGCGGAGCUGGUCACUGGGGUAGUGUUAGAAGGUGGAUACAUUGCUGCCAUUGCUGCUCGCGAGGCAUUGUAUGCAAGGGGCCCUGUGGAUGGAAAAUCCAUUGGUCGGGGUAAACGGGCACUAGUAAAACGAUCCUGAAGUGAUGAAGGCCGCCCCGUGAGGACGCAGAGAAAACGUUCCAUUGAGCUGAUGGAAUGCCAAACUCUUAAUUCGAAUUCUCGUUCACCCUCCGAAAGUUCAGUACUCGUGUUGACCAAAUGAAGAGCCCGUGUCUGCGCAAAACGCACCGCCAGGCCGAUUACAUUCCAAGCUCUGAUUAAACCUUGUUAGUUAACUGUCACCACGGACUAGCUCUUCCAUAGAUGGAAUAUCCCCAAGAUGAGUCGAACUCCGGCCUAAUGCACCAGAACGGAAUGCGUACAUAACAUGAUCAUUUUCAACGACGCUGCACGGAACUUGUAUACGAAGCGCGUGAAGUGCACCAAUGGCGAAAACGACAUGCAAGAUAUUGCGCCAGACAUGACUGGGAUAGAUGGCUGUUUGGUAAUAAAUUUCAUAAUGUACUCUGAACUCCUCCUCUGAAAGUAUUGGGAACAUUGGGUGGACAGUUAGGAAAUAUGAAUUAAGAAAUAUGUCAGCCAUUUCUUUUUGAAGGGGUUCAGACUGGUUGUCGAUUUUUUUGAACAUUUUUGGCGGGCUGUUUCCAGUUUUCCUGACUACUAGAAAUUUCUCUAAGUACUCAUCAUCGAGAAAAAGUCAGAAACUCAGCCGGGAGAGAAACUUAACACGUUG